CUACUACUACUUAAUUAAUUCUUAUAAAUAGAAAGAAAUCCAGUUUACAAAAUGAAUGGCUAAUCUUAUAACCAAUAGACACGUGUGUAACACAUUACCUCAACGCCAUGACUCAGCUGAAUGUGACUAAGUUUUCAGUUUCGUGACCGAGGGAACACCGCAAGACGCUGACAACCUGAGAUCGCCCCGAUAGAGCAUGGCGCCCGUAGCGCCGCCGUGAUGAAACGCGGAAAAACGCAAGUACCUACUUCACGAAAGAAUACCUGCUUGUAAAUUAUAUUACAGAAGGACUAGCUUAUCCUUUACUGAUGUAUUAAGAACGUUGGGUGGGGGUUUUGAUUUUCUUGCUAUGUUUCUGAGUCUAAAGCGGUGAUUUGGUGAUGGAAUAGCAAUGUUUUUCUUAGAGAUCAAAGUAAAAGAUUUGUAGAAAGCAUAUGCUGAAGACUAGACUAAUAGACUAAAUAAAUUGUUGCACUAACCUUCUUAGUUUUUCAUAAUUCAAAGAGACAAGACACUUCACCACUUGACACAUAUUUGAUAGAAUAGUUUUCAGAAAUGUUUUACUUUUAAUAUUCGUAUUAAAAACGAAUAUCAAAUGCCCGUUCAAUUGGCUUGCCAUGGUUCUGACAUGGCUACAUAUUAUCAAAGUAUUUUUAAUAAUAAUAUAUAUUCAAUCAGUGUUGGUAAAGCUUACUACAUCGUCGAAUCCUCAAGACUGGAGAGUCAUAGAAGCACUAGCAGAAGAGCACCCUUACGUGGUCGCCCUGUUAAGCAGCACCAAAGACUACAUUUGCACGGGUAGCAUCAUCAGCAAAAAGUCAAUACUCACUUCAGGCAGCUGUGUCUCUUACGAACCGAAAUAUGUGGUAAUCAGUGCAGCCAUGUACAACAAAAAGAUCAAUAACGAACUCGUAUUUGAUGUCGCCUACACCAAACUCCAUGGAGAUUACAUAUUCGAUCUGAAAACUACGGAUCCUAAUGUCACUCGAAUGCAUAGCAAUAUAGGCCUAGUGUUUGUAAGCCGACCUGUCUUGGAGUUAUUUGUUAAUGCAGCGGAUAUAGGAAACUAUUAUGCUUCGGAAUUAAAAGAAAAAAGGUUAGUAGCUGUUGGAUAUGGACGACUUGGUACUACAGAUACGGUAGCACUACAACAACAAGCAUACCAUCAAACUCCUUGUACGAAUCCCAAAUGGUAUUAUUGUGUGUGUGGCAUCGAGUACUCGACGUACACCAAGACAUACACUUAUGAAUUUGGAAUUGGAGCUCCAGUCUUAUUCGGUUCGGAACUGGUCGGGAUUACCGCCACACCCUGCGGCACUCUUUCAAUGAAAAAUUUGGGAAUCAAAUACAAUAUCUUCACAGUCAUUGGCCCAUACCUACCGUGGAUAGACAAAUCUCAAACAAAUUCUACAAUAGUUAUCAAAAUGCGCACUAACAGUAACGGCGUCGAGCGACUUACUAUGAAUGAACAUUUUAUUAUAUUAUUAGUUAUUAGUAAAGCACUUGGAUGAAAUAAU